AUGUCUGAAGACGCCUUGUCAGCACUUUGGUUGCAGCGAUUGCCUAGCAACAUUCGUUGCAUCUUAUCUGCGUGCAGCUCCAAGGAUGUUAAUCAAAUGGCCGAAUUGGCAGAUAGAAUAACUGACAAUAUUCCCACUCCGCAUUAUGUUAUGGCCACCGCAUCUGCAAUUAACCGACGCAGUAACACAGAGGAAUCAACAUUGGAGGCGCGUGUGACAGCGUUAGAAAUAUCACUGCAACAAGUGGUAAGUAAACUAAGUGAAAUAGCAAUAGAGCUCAGUCGACCAGGAAACUCACAGGGGCGAAGCAGGGCUCGCAGUUCUAGCAGAACUCAGUUUAAAAGUCAGCGCGACGAUCGAAAAGUCUGUUAUUAUCACAUUAAAUUUGGAACAGCUGCAACCAAAUGCUUAAAGCCAUGCGAGUUCGGCGGCCAAACAACUAAUAUCAAACAAAAGGAAAAACUAAAAUUGUUGUCGUCCACAAGUGCAGUAAACGAUAACGUCCGGGAACACUGCACUGAAGAAGCUCGUUUACAUGUGAUUGAUCGUAUCUCAAAUAUGAAGUUUCCGAUUGACACCGGAUCGGCUGUAUCCAUUAUUCCUUAA